AUGCUCAGACCGUCCCUGCUCAUGAUGCUGGCGCGCUCAGGCGUUGGUCGCCUGAUACUCCGUCUGAUGCUGGACAGGCGCGUGCCCAUCUGGUCGAAGCUCAUCAUUCCGGGCGGCCUCAUCUAUAUUCUGUCGCCCAUAGACUUCUUGCCAGACAUCAUACCAAUUCUUGGCUGGCUGGACGACAUAGUUGCGGCCGUCGUCACACUCCUGCUGUUCUUGCUUUCCAUACCGAGCGAUGUACUGCGCGAGCAUCUGCGCAGCGGCAAAACACCCUCGCCCGGACCGAACGACAGCGUAAUCGACGGUACGGCACGCGUCGUAGAUGAGAAUGACAAAUAG